CGCAGCGCCUCCCAGGCGCGCGGGGGCGCUGUGAGUCUCUGCGGGUCGUGGCGACGCUCUUUCUCCGCCUCCUUAUUGGUUGGACGGAGGCUCUCGGGACGGCGGCGGGAAGAUGGCGACCCUCGGGGACAGGCUGGGUGCCGGGGAGGCGGAGGGGAGCGCGAGCAGCCCGGGCAGCUCGGGAGUGGAGGUGGUGCUUUCCUCCGACCCCGCCAGCCCCGCCCCGCGGUGCCCUCACGGUCCCACGCUGUUGUUUGUAAAGGUGAGCCAAGGGAAGGAAGACACGCGGAGGUUUUAUGCCUGCUCGGCCUGUCGAGAUAGAAAAGAUUGUAAUUUUUUUCAAUGGGAAGAUGAAAAGUUGUCAGGUGCUAGACUUGCUGCCCGAGAAGCUCAUAACCGAAGAUGCCAGCCUCCUCUCUCCCGAAUGCAGUGUGUGCAAAGGUAUUUGAAGUUCAUUGAGUUGCCGUUGUCUCAGAGAAAGUUUUGUCAAAGAUGUCAGCAGUUGCUCCUGCCAGAUGACUGGGAGAAGCAUCGUGAGCACCAGGUCAUGGGUGAUAUUUCUGCCACCCAGUUAAAAAGGCCCAGUCAGCUCCUUUCUCCCUUGGAAAACAAGAAGACAAACGCGCAGUAUUUGUUUGCUGAUAGGAGCUGUCAGUUCUUGAUAGACCUACUUUCUACCCUUGGGUUCAGAAGAGUGCUGUGUGUUGGAACACCAAGGUUGCAUGAGCUGAUCAGGUUGAAAGCAUCAGGUGACAAGAAGCCUAACAUUAAAAGCCUUUUAUUGGAUAUUGAUUUUCGGUAUUCGCAGUUUUAUAUGGAAGAUAGCUUUUGCCAUUAUAACAUGUUUAACCAUCACUUCUUUGAUGGAGAGGCUGCCCUUGAAGUAUGCAGAACAUUUUUACAGGAAGAUAAAGGUGAAGGAGUCAUUAUGGUGACAGACCCUCCUUUUGGUGGCUUGGUUGAACCUCUGGCUGUUACAUUCAAGAAGCUAAUUGCUAUGUGGAAGAAAGGUCAAAGUCAAGAUAACAAUCACAAAGAACUACCCAUUUUCUGGAUUUUCCCCUAUUUUUUUGAAUCCCGAAUUUGUCAGUUUUUUCCAAGCUUCCACAUGCUGGACUACCAGGUAGAUUAUGAUAAUCAUGCACUUUAUAAACAUGGAAAGACAGGUCGGAAACAGUCUCCUGUGCGUAUUUUCACCAAUAUUCCACCCAACAAAAUAAUUCUUCCUGUAGAAGAAGGGUAUAGGUUUUGCCCUCUGUGUCAACGAUACGUUUCUCUAGAGAAUCAACACUGUGAGCACUGUAAUUCGUGCACAUCCAAGGAUGGCAGGAAAUGGAACCAUUGCUUUCUCUGCAAAAAGUGUGUAAAGCCUUCCUGGAUCCACUGUAGCAUUUGUAAUCACUGUGCUCUUCCCGGUCAUUCUUGCGAGGGCCCUAGAGACGGCUGCUUCAUAUGCGGUGAAUUAGAUCACAAACGUAGUACCUGUCCUAACAUCUCUGCAGCUACAAGAGUUAGCAAAGCUGUCAGAAAGCAGAAGCAGAGAAAAAGUAAUAAGAUGAAAAUGGAGACCACUAAAGGACAAGCAAUGAAUCAUACAUCUGUUACAAGGAAGAAGAAAAGGAGAGAAAGAGCCCAUCAAUAUCUUUGCUCUUAAAUGUCCAGUGACUUGAGAAUAAGAAAGAUUUAUAGUCCAACCUUUGAUGCCAUUUUCUGAAAGUGCCAUGCUGGACUUAAAUUCCGUCACUUUCAAAGGUGUGCACCGUUCUAAGCGAGAUAAUAGGCAGGUGGUAUUUGCUGGUUUAUAGACCCGCAGCAGUGUCUCUGGAGACCUGGUAAGUUGUUCCAUCCUUAGCUGGUUUACCAGCUCUGUCUCUCGGUGUCUUUUUUCUCUCUUUAACUCCCUUCCAAUCAUAUUAUUUUAGCCUCUUUUAUCUGAAAAGUAUGUAUACAGCAUUCUUUUGCAGAAUCAGAAGAAAAUGAAAAUCUGAGGUUUUGUUUACUACAUUACAUAAGAAUAUGUUAAGAUAAAUGUUUUAAAUUAAUGUUAACAUAUUGUACAAUGGCUUAAACCCCACUUGUAAAGAGAAGUACAAUUUUUUUCAGACAGAAUCUGAAAAUGAUGGAAAGAAUUUUGACAAAGGAAGUGUAAAGAUACAAAGAUUAUAAUUAUGGUUACAUUAUUAUUAAAUAUUUAUUUUUAAGUACUUUUUGCAAUUGUCUUUGAUGGAAUAGAAGCACCUAAAUGUUUGUUGAAUGAAUGAGGUAUUUAGAAUUAGGACUUGCUCCAUCAUCUCGUCUUUUAACCUAAGCAGUAAGUUUCUCUCUUUAUAAAAGGAAUGCAGAAGGCAGAAUAGUUUGGUGAUUCAAUCUCCUUAUUCCUUUUUUGAUUAACACUUCCUGGCAUUAUAUCCUUGGCCAGGUUAUUCACUAUUUAUUUUUAUUUAUAUAUUUACAUAUUUAUUUCCCUUCAAGAUAGAUAUUAUUAAUAUCCACUUUUUACAGUUGAGGACAUUGAUUCUUGGGUAUUUAAAGUAACAGUCUCAUACUUUGGAAAGUUGGUAAAAGUAGUUGACUUCAGACAUAAACAUGAGAAUCUACCUCCAGAGAUUUUGCAGUUUACAUUCAGUGAUGUAAAGAAAUUAGAUGAAAAAUAGGACUGAUCCUUAGCAAGAAAAAGAGACACCGUUACUAGGUCUUGGGAGAAAUUUGAGACAAACUUCUGGGAAGUCUUGCAUGAGUGGAUAGGCUGACACUCUAUCUACUGAGCCAAGCUGGCUAGGGCCAUUUAUGCUUUUUUUGAGGUGCUUAGCUCAUGCCUUGUAUUAGAACACGUUAUGUACUUGUUUUCCUUGUACUUUUAGCUCAUGGGUGGCAGGGGCCUGUGGGCAUCACUUGUCCUGUGCAUAUGGCGAUGUCAGGCACAGCUGACUGCGGCACGUGUGAUCUCUGUUCCUCCCUACAACCUUGGGAAGCAUACGGCCAGGCUAACACAUUCUUCACCCUUCAACUGGUAGCUGCUCAUAAAUACAUAUUGAGUGACUAGGAAUGCCAUUUAAUAUGCUGCUUUAUGCCUCAGAACCCUAACUGCUACACGAGUAAGAAGCUAAUAUGCUCAGAGCUGCGUAGGUAAGGAACGCUUGCACAAAAUGCAAAGGAAAAAUCCAAUUUCACUGAUUUGGUACAGUUUUAAUUAGAACAUUGGGGCAUGGGUUAAAUUACUUGAGGGUCAGCUAAGAAGGGCAUUGCAAUCAAUAAAGUGAAGAUAAGAUCUCUACUAUUUGAUUUCAGGCGAUUCAGUAUAAAUGUUAACUCAGCAAAACUGAGGGAAAGUAAGCAAGCAGAUCUCAGAGCUCUGAGAGGUGAGUUUUAUCCCAUUAGUGGGACAGUUGAGAUUUUCACACUGUUUAGUUGCUGCAAAGCCCUGCAGACUGGAAGUGUAGCAUCUGGUGGUCUCAGCCUGAAUAGAUAGGCCAGCUUCUUCAUUUGCAAAUUGGAGGUGAGGAGUGAGAGAAAGCUAGAAUAGCAGCCUAAGCAUUCCACAUGCUUAGAGGGCAAAGGAAACAAAGGUUCCUGCCUGUUAACGUUGCAAUAGAUGGGCCAGGUAAAUCUAAGAAAAUGCAAAGCAACUCUCAUCCUGCCACCCAGAAAUCAGCACUGUCACAGCUUCUGCGUAUGUUCUUCCAGGGAUAGACUCUUGUAUAAGUAGCUAUACAGACAGGUGCUCUAAAAUUUCUCCCACAACAAUGAAAUUGUAAAUGCAUAUUAUUGUGUGAUACUCUUUUUUCAUAAACAUGUUCUUUAAUAUGUAUUGUAUUUUUAAAAAAACAAAAACCCACAGUCUCCUAUGAUUGGACAUCUAUGUUGUUUGCAUUUUUUCACUACUGUAAAUGACCCUAUGAUGCACAUACUUACAAGUCUUAUUUUCUUAGGGUAAAUUCCUAUAUAUACAAAUACUGGUUCUGUAGCUCUUAUUAGAACUUAUUUUUCCAGGUGGGAGUCAUACGAGUAGGUCUCUGAAUUUCUUUUCCAGAACAGCAACUGAAAGGGUUGUGGGAGACAAGCAGAAUAUCAUGAAUUGAUACCAUUUAGACUCCCUGUGCCAGGAUGGAACGUCUCCCAAAUGCACUUCAUACUUAAAGCUACUCUUCGAGUAGUUCUGUCAUAUUAAACAUUGUUGACUGGUUGUUUCGGCAGCGUCUUCCACCCUCCCCAUUGUAUGCCUGUCAUGGGAUUUGGGGGAAGGAUGACUGACAUCCUUUCCAGCUCUUGGGGAGGGCUUUUUAUUGGGCAUAAUUCCAUCCUCCUUACUUGUGAUUGAGUCCCACUAAGCUCGUGACAGGGGUUGGUCUAAUCACUAGGCCCAGGACUUUGAUCUUGUGAUUGGUGAAGAGGUGUUUGUUCUCCCUCUGAAUGAGCAUGUAGCUCCAGGUGCUGUUAGCAGUCUUCCAGGGACCACGGGGAACCAGCCUUAUGGCACACACCCUCAACUGGGUCCCUGGUGUAUGAACUGCUGGAUCUAGCCUGGCCUGAAGCCGGUUGGCCCUAUUGCUGGACUUGCUAUUUAUUUGUACCAAUACAUUCUCAUUAUUACUUGUGCCACUUUGAGUCA